UCUUGACGGCACUCGUGGCCUGUAUACGGCUAAUGAUCAGUGAUCAAGUGACUCGAAGAUCGCCGGGGGUUUCGACCUUGAGCCGGCAUUCCUAAACUCAUUUCCAGGUACGCGAUGGCACUGACGGGGGAGCAUACUACAUCAUCUCGCCACCCAAUUUUCAACAACAACGUGUGUACUGGCAGUAUAGAGCUUUGUUGGAUCUCGGCCGAGUUCUGACAUUAAGCACUGAUCCCUCGUCAUCCACUGCGUCAAGUCAUUAUGGGGAUUGCAACCUCCACUUCCCCGGAGCGCCUCGCCCGAGAGACAUUUCGCGUGCUCUUCGGUUUGGGCAGAUGCAGUGUCCAACAUGUUUUUCGCACGUACAUGGUCCACUGUUCCAUUUCCGCUUCUUUUACCAUAGUCCCGGACAAUCAGCACCCAUUCCCAACGCCGUCUCGGUGUGUCAGUCUCCAAAAGCACUGGAAUGCAUUCAUUAUCCAGCUCUUGGAGCCACGCAGUCAGUUCCGUACGUCCGGCUCUUAAUUGAGGUACGAAUACAAGAAGCGUCGUUUUUGGGGAUCGCCGGCCCGAGUGUCUUCGCCGCCUCUCCGAGGCGACUUGGCUCUCGCCUCUGUCAAGUUCAGUUGCCUCGAACCGUUCCUUGGGCCGGACCAUAUGGUGUCUCUGGUCCAUCCUCGUCGGUGACGGCGCGAGUUGCUCUGUUCUCCCUUGGGUCCCGCGGGAGUGACUGGGAGAUGCUCUCGUCACUGACUGAGACGUUCCCCUCGAGGAGUCCGGAGAGGGACGCAUCAUGCCGCCUUCUGGUCUCUUGGUUUCUGCUAGACGACUCGUUUGCGAACUCGCUCUUCCCCCCUCCUCCACUCAGCGAGUCUACCGAGCUUGCUUGGCCAAUCAGUCGACCACCACUCACGGCGCGCGCGGCGUUCAACCGCGCCAGCCAGCCAGGCCGUUUUGUGUUUUGUCCGUGUUCGCUGUUGCAUGCCUGGCUGCGGAUAGGCAAGUCGCAGCAGAAAAGACGGCAUGCAGUUGGAUGGAUAUAUAAUGCGCUCCUUCCCCGAAUCUCCCGUGCCGUGAGUGGUUCCUCUCAUCAUUGCCGCGUCGGUGGACAAGAAGAAUCGGACAAAUAGCAUCGAGGUGGGUACCGGUGUGCUUUGUUCUGUCUGUCUCCUUCCACUCUCCUCUCUCCGUCUCUCAGCGCUCCCCCUCAUUUGAUACACUCGCGCUUGCACCCCGGUUGUCGGUCUGGCUGCAAGCUGCCACACUUGCAUGUUGGGUGCGUGCAUGGGCUUGCAGGUUUGAUAAACGCUUGCGCAGCGCAACAUAGCAUACAUAGCAUAGCGUAGUGCUGCGCUGCGUUGCGUUGCGUUGCGUUUGCGUUGAGCUAGUUG